CGCCUCGCCCAGUUCGCGCGCGGCGGUUUGUGUGCCAACAGUGCGGGCGGCGGAGAUCUGCAGACGCGGCCACUGCGGUGUCCACACGGUAGCGAGCGGCCGGCGAGGAGAGAAAGUGCUGCGUCUUUCGGUACCGCGCCCUCGCUUGCAAACAGCUGACCAGGAUCCUGUUCCAAGUUGACGCCAACAUCUUCUGAAUACAAAAUGCCCACUGCCAGAAGGAAAGCUGUUCUGCUGCCAUACCAUCUGCUUGUGGCUGUGGUGUUGAUUACUGUGCUGAUAUGUGAUGUCCAGCAUGCUGUAGCAGAUCCUGUCCCAGGGCCAUGCAUCAAGGAUGACCAUAUGUGUGUCAGAGAUGCUGAAUGCUGCAAUGGUUGCUGUCUGGAAGGAAAAUGUGUCAAAUACGCGGACCGGUGCUCGCCGGCGGCGAACGCCUGCUCGGUGCACGAGUGCCCGCCGGGACGCGAGUGCUACCUGCACCAGGUGCAGUGCGCCGCCGCCGACUGCCCGCCCAUCCCGGCCUGCCGGGACCCCGACUACGACGACUACGACGAGUAGUCGCUCUGCUGUGGAGGUGCUCCACAGCGUCUGUCUCAGGGAACCCGCAGCACCUAACAGCCACACUCACCCGCUUCACUUUUGCUUAACGAGACACCUGCUCGGUGGUUCAGUGUCUGGCACUCCAUGAACAAUCGUUGAUAAUUUGCGAACAU